AUUGAGGCCGAGUAAAUUGUCCGAAAAAGACCCGAAGUUAGCUGAAUGGUUUGUUUUGGUGGAAAUAUAUUGUUUAUGAAAAACAACAAAGAAUUUUCGUGAAUUUUCUCCAAUAAUGUCUUGUGAUUCUAAGAAAUGUGCUGCUCGAGAGUGUACUCGAAGAUCCAAUGUGCAUUCUGUGCCUCAAGAAGCCUUAUCUAUGGAGAAAUUAUUGAAGACAUGUUUGGACAGUCUGUAUCUACCGCCGUUUCUCAACAAAUCCGGUAUAUAUUAUGCAACUAGUCGCAAUGGGUGUUACUGCUCGAAAUCAAAGAGCAAUUGCCAGCACCUGGACGACAAGCAAUCCUAUCAAAGUGAUUUUAUAAAAUUGAAUCACCAAGAGGAUGAUGAUGGGAGAAUGAGGGGCUGUAGUGGGAAAAAUUUCACAGAACAGAGGCAGCUGUAUGAGGAUAUUCGUGAGAGGAGAUUCAAAAGGAGUUCAAGAAGGGCCUCUUCCUCAUACCAGAGCUCGGAAGAUUGGUCAGAUAAUGCAAUUCUGGACAGUGAACUGGACAUUGAUACAGUGUAUGAGCUGUGUGAGUUCAGAGAGAGAAAUCCAGAUGAAUGCAUGAGUGCGUCAAAUCGUUUGCGGUAUCGCAAGAAGAAUCGGAAUAAAUUUGGUGUAGGUCAUAAAUGUCUGCACAAAUACCAGGUGAAUGAGAAACUUCAGCCUGUGCCGAGAUUAGCAAAUGACCAGGGUGAGAGUUUGUGUGAAAUCUGUGGUGGAAUUUCAAAGUACCUGCGAGAGCAUACAGUCAGUGAAAUACUUGCAAGAGAUCCUAAUUUAUGUGGCAAAAAUACUCCAAUUGUUGUAGUAGAAAUGCCGCCAGGGCGAGGAGGAGAGAAACUUUGAAUGAAUUUUUAAAAGAAAAAUUCAUGAACUUACCCCAGGGAGCCUUGACUUGAAACUUGAAGCUGAGGAGCUGAGUUGAGGAGGGAAUUAUUUUUCCGGUGGAAUUUCACACAUUUGAUGCUUGUUUGUUUGAUGUGUGAGGUGGACAAGGAAAGUGCAUAGACUAGCUAAAUACCUCAGAAAGCUCGCCAAUGUGCUAAGGUUGAAAACAUUGCUUUGGGAGGAUUGUUUGGGGCAAUGCUGUGAAUGAAUUGCGUGUAUUGUUGAUCAGCAUCGAGUCCCAUAUAAAUAGCGCAGGCAGCCUUUGUGGGAGAACAGUCUGCAAAGGCCAUCUGACCACGGAGGAGCGUUCCGAAACCUGAAAGAGGUGUGAGUGUGAAUAAUUUUGUGUCCAAUCAACCAAUAAUCGCAUAUCGAGAGUUGAGAGUAAAAGUGAUAGUUUAUUUCUCUUUUUUAAAAAAAAAAUAUAUAUACAUUGCACAUCGUCUGUGACCAAAGACGAAGACUGUCGUGAGAUAAUUUCAGUUUAAAAGUGUUUAAGUGUUUAAAAUUGUGAAAGAUUAGAAAUUGAUAAAAUAGAGGAGAUAACAGGAAGAAAAUAUGCAUAAAUCAAACAGUUUAUUUUUGUUAACAGUAAUUGGAUUAACACUGGGCAAAGAGUUGCCGGAUGGAUUUAAGAGAUGCCGAAGGAAUGACCCCAAAUUGGGACAGUGUCUCCUGCAGGCCGUCACAGAUGUUCUGCCACAGAUGAAAAAUGGAUUGCCGGACUUUGGUAUACCUUCAAUUGAUCCAUUGGCCAUCAAUUCUCUAACCAUUCAACAAGGCAAGAAUUCUCCCAUUAAUCUGAAGCAGGACUUUAAGAAUAUCCACCUGUCUGGUAUCUCGGAAACCCGGCUGACUAAGUACAAUCCGGAUCUCAAUAAUUACAUCCUCCGAUGCGAUGGUCUGACACCAAGAGUGGAUUUUGUGGGUGAUUACACGAUGGACGGACGAAUUCUGCUGUUGCCAAUUACGGGGAAGGGCAAGGCAAAUAUUACGAUGGUGGGCCUGAAGACUGUACAUGAACUCAUUGGGGAGCCCAUCAAGAAGAAAGGCGAGGUGUACAUACGAUUCAAGGAAUACCACAUAAAAUUGCUGCCAAAACGGGUUUACCUCCACUUUGAGAAUCUCUUCAAUGGUGACAAAGUGCUGGGUGAAAAUAUGAAUAGAUUUAUGAAUGAGAAUUGGGAGUUGAUCUUCAAUGAACUCAAAGGGGGCUAUGAAGAUACCUUUAGUUACGUCUUCAAGGAUGUUACCAAUAAAAUAUUCACCAAAGUACCAAUGAAUAAAAUAUUCCUCCUCGACGAGUGACCCUGGGGGGAUCAAUAACUUUGUUUUUUAGUUGUAAUAAAAGACAAAAUAAAUUUUUGGUUUAGUAGAAAGUAGAAAAAAUAUUUUGUAAGGAUAUUCUUUUGUAUAUACUGUGCUUGUUUGAAGUAUGUCAAUAAAGUCGCUAAAUUAA